UUUCUGGGAUGGCUAGUCUUACAAAUGCAUAUCUCUCUCUCUUUUUCUCCCUCUCCCUCUCCCUAUCCCUCUCUCUCUCUUUUUCUUUUUCCGUGAAGCUCGGAGUAACUAUCCGGACAUCUUUCAGAACGGCGAGAAAAACAAUGUACGAAAAGCCUAAUUGUCCUGCGCAGACGUUCGAUUCUCUUAGUGAGGCAGGUACAUUGCGUGAUCGUGAUUUCGAUUGAUUGCCUAAUAAUAAGAAGCACCGGUUGACUCUCAUUGAACACCACCAGUUAAGGAUUAUCUCUAAUGCUGUGACUUCCUUUGAAGAUCUUCAUUGCAAACCGGCAUAUCUUCGUUUUUGGUAAAACUUUGUCAAGAAGCUCGAUUGAAAUAGGUGAAGGUUAAUAAAUAGUAACGCAAGGUGCCAGCGAAGAAGACGUAGUAAAUUUAUUGAGUUACUAGCAAAUGGUUAGCAUGUAACAAAAGGUAAUUUUCUAUGAGCGUGCCGGUGUGUAUCGGAGAGUAACACCUGGCUCAGAUUCGCGACUGCGCGAUAAAUACAGAUGUAUGUAUGUACCAACAUAUGUCAGGUACCUACAACCCUUAAAUGAUGAUAUUUAGAAUGUGCGGAGCUUUUGGAAGAACGGGAAGGUAGCCGCGCCAGAGCGAACGCAUUCGGACCAUGACCCAGACCUAUGCACAGCAGCUCUCUCUCUUGUCGAGAGUGCAUCUAUGUACGAAAUUAGUCGACACGUUGCAAAAGGUCGCAUUAAACUUUUCAUUGGUCGUAGUCGGCUAAGAAAGGGGCUGCUCUUUAUUGAGAUACGUUUGACUUUAUUUAGAUGAGCUUUGUAUAAUUUGAGUUAUGAAAUUACUAGAAAAUGGAACAAAGUUGUAUAAUUAAAUCUAUUUCUUAUUUUUUAGGAAAGUUUAAUAGUUUUUGUUCAUGCUAUUGUUUGCGAAUAAAACUUGUUACAUGAUUUUGGAAAAGAAGAGAAGAAUUUCUGUUCAAACACAGUUCUGACAUGGUAUUGAAAUUUGUGGACAUCCUGUUUCCAACUUCAAUGUUAAUUUAUUUACUUGUUAUACUUGAACCGUUCGAAUUUGAUGAUCCUGUGUCAAUAAUGGCAAGUUAUCGUAGGGUGAAACUCGUAACAACCAAUGAAACCAUGACUGGCAGCAGUAUAGCGAGUAACAUGAUUGGCGAGUCCAGCGACAACGCAGUCGACACUCUUCGAUCGACCACGCGACAAAAAGUUCGAAGAGUUUACGGAGAACAGAAGAAUUAUCAAAAGAACGAAAAGUCACGUAGGGCAAGCAGCGUCGUCAACAAUUACAGCAUCGUUGCCUCCAGAGGCGAACUAUCUCGAAAUAACUACACCGUCGAUGCUACGUCAAAGGACGUUACGAAGAAACCAACAUCUUUCCUCAACUCGAGUAAAAUCUAUACAAAGGAAUCAAAUCCUCGUACAUCCAUCUUCUUCGCUAGGGAUUUAAUAGGGAAAAAUUCUUCCAAGGAUAUUGACAGGACUCAAAUCUCUAAUACAAGACUACCUCGAAGUUACAACGGUAGUUCGCGACUUUUGGCUAAGUCUGCCUCAGUCCCAGCAAUUCUUGACGAAGGUUUACGAAGGAAAGAAAAAUCUCUCGUGAGAGACGAAAGAAAACACGACGAGGGUAUACUGAAAAAAUCGUCAGCUUUUUUGGCAAGUUUGACUCAAGCGAGUCUUCGAUCAGCUGAGAAGAGAGACAACAUUGUCGAAGAUUCUUCCUGGUUUCCAGAAUCUUUGAGAUUGAAUGGAUAUAGAUCGAGUAGAUAUUCUACUUUGAAAGGAUACUUUACAAAUACAAACAGCGAGAACGAACUUAGGCCAGUUUUAGGAAAAUCGAGUAGUUCUCAGAUUUUGUCAACUAGUUGGAAAAAAAACGCAGGGGUCAACGUGAAGAAAUCGGUGUCCUUCAGUUCUGACACUAGUUUUGAGGAGAAGCGAGCACCCUAUCGUAAGCCAACUGUUCACGAGGUCAAGGUCUACCACAAGGGCGUGCUUCAAGAUCGUGCCACUCGCGAAGACAAUUUCAAAGCAAAAGUGCCACCUUCGUGGGAAAUACCCUCGGAGGGCCCCAAAGCCCUCUUGAGGGCUGCCAUGGAAGCCGACGAUGCAAUUUUGAAAGAAGUCGUGAUGCGUGCUCGCAAAUCUGAUUUGUGUGAUGUCGAUGUUAAUAUGACUGACAGUAGCGGCAGGACGGCUAUCAGUUAUAUGGCUGGAAACGGUGCUGCAGCGAUGUUGGAGCUAGCACUGUCCUUCGAGGGUGCCGAUGUUAACCUUCCCGACAACGAAGGCAACACGCCACUUCAUUUUGCAGCUCAAGCUGGUCAAACCGAGUGCCUGAACGUUCUUCUUCAAAGGUGUCCCGACAUCGAGGUCGAUGCAAGAAACACAUUGGGAUUCACGCCUCUUAUGAAGGCAGCCCUUCAAGGACGAACGAAAUGUGCUAAAAUAUUGCUCUUUGCAGGUGCAAAUCCUACGUUGCGGGAUCAUGGAAGAGGAUUAAGAGCUGAACAAUGGGCAAGAUUUUGUGGGAGAUACGUUUGUGCUGAAGUAAUCGAAAGAUUUGCGAGACAUCGUUUGUUGGAGAGAACAACAUCGUGUCGUUGGGGAAGUGAACCAGAAUUGGCAGCAAAGGUUCUUCAAGGAAAGGUAACGCCUAUCCCAAUAACACCGUUACCAACUUCCUCGACAGGCUUGAAAUCGAGGAUUAGAAAAGUAUUUCGAACGAGUUCGGGUCCCGAUCGAAGUUCCUUUUCCUUGGUUUCGCAAUUAACGAGUGCAGCUCUUUGCGCGAGUAGUCCUGCGUUGCCAAAGAACGGUCAAGUGCCUCCAGUCGUCAAGAGUCUUCUAAGACCUUUAAGUGUACCCCAGUUAAGAAUUACUUUAGUAUCGCCGCAAGAUUUUAUUGAUAAAAAUGGCGAAAAGUGUGGGGCCAGUUUUGCAGAAAGGAUUGAAAGUGCUAUUGUGAAACCACCGAGAACGAAAAAGAAAAGCAAGUAAUUUAUUGAUAAUCCAUAGAAAAAUUCCAUUGAUGGAAUGAAAAGGAAAAAGAAAAUUGCACAAUUUGUGCUUACGUCGUGAAAAAUGACCUUUUUAAAGCGUACGACGACAUUUUGAAAGUCGAGUAGCUCGUAGGUAUGAUAGCUUUUUUUACCUCAAAAAUCACAGUUGUAUCGUCCACGAGGGAGUUUAUGGUGGAAAGUCAAAGAUCAAAGGAAAGUCCUUGAAACUCUACGAAGGAUUUCAAAAGUGUUUUCCACGUUUUACGAUCUACGUUUGAAAUAGUGUUUAUUGUUAUACGUGAAAGGCCACAAAAAAAAAAUACUGUGGUCAUAGUUUGAAAACAUUUUUCGAGCCGUUCGAAGGUUUAUAUUUUUAGAUCAUCAACUGAUUGCUUCGAUGCGGUCAGGGGCACUCGAUGAAAAAUAUUUUUUUUUGGUUCCGGAUGAUAAACUGAAUGCUGGAAUUACGUCGAUUACCAUAAGUGGAGUCACGUUGUCCUUAGACGUUUUAAAUAUUUAUCCUGAGAGCAACGACGUCGAAGAAAGCAGCUUGGCGAUUUGCCCGAACGAGUGUUUACUCUUAAUGAAUGAUGUUAAACUUCUUUUAAGUACAUGUGGUAUGAAACUUUUGUAUGGACUAUUACGAUUAUCACACGAUUGUUUAAAUAAACGUCUCGUUUGAUAUUAGAA